GAUGGUGCCAAAGAAAGAUAAGAAGCCUAAGAAGUCAACCUGGAAGUUUAAUUUGGAUCUUACUCAUCCAGUAGAAGAUGGAAUUUUUGAUUCUGGAUAUUUUGAACAGUUAUUGUGGGAGAAAGUUGAAGUGAAUGGCAAGACUGGAGAUCCUGGGAAUGUCAUUCACAUUGAAUGCUUCAAGAAUAAAAUCAUAGUCGUUUUUGAGAAACAGUUCUCUAAAAGAUAUUUGAAGUGCCUAACCAAGGAAUACCUUAAAAAGAACAAUCUUCGUGAUUGGCUUUGUGUGGUUGCAUCAGACAAGGAGACUUAUGAGCUUCGUUACUUCCAGAUUAGUCAAGAUGAAGAUGAAUCUGAGUCUGAAGACUAG